AUGGAUCCAGCAGCACAAGCACAAGCAGAGUUGGAACAGCAACAACAACAACAACAACAACAGCAAAAGUCAAACGUCGUCGUUCAUAACAACCUCGUCUUUCUCGACACCUACCCUCACAGCCACCUGUCAACAACCGCCGACAUCAUCCCUCCAAUCGACGCCACCCCUGCAAUCGUCGCUACCGUACCAGAACCUCAGGGCCUUAUGGAUGCCACUCUAUCGACCGAUAUCCAGCCCGUCCAAGUUGCCCCCGCCGCCGGACAAACCUUGGACGAUUCUGGAGACUGCUGCUGUGACGGUGGUAGUGGCGAUGAUGGCGAUUGCUGCAUCAUCAUGUAA